CUCACAGCCUGAACACUGGAGGAGCAGAGCUCAGCAUCUUCACACUCAGCAUCUCCUGGUCCAUGGCAACAACCGCAGUCAUGAAUGUAGGCAUCUGUGUGUGUGUCCUCCUGGCUGCUUUGUCCAGCGGUUCCCUGAGUCUGCCCUCACAGUCCAUGUCCCAGAGAGCCGAGGGUGAUGCUCUCGUGUCAGACAGCCUGCCUCCCCCCUCCUCGCCCCACCACACACGCCAGGCCCGCUCGGCCCGCUCGGCCCCAGCGCCCCCCUCAGGGCGCCUGGCCACCUACAACCAACUCCAGGAGGACGCGGACGCUCAGAACAGCCUGAGCCAGCUACUGGCCAGACUCAUCUCCAGGAAAGGCUCUCCCUACCAGACCAGAUCCUCCCUCACCAGCAGAGCCAGCGGUCUGGCCCCUGGCCACAGGAUAAAGGACAGAGACUACCAAGGCUGGAUGGACUUUGGACGACGCAGUGCAGAAGAGUACGAAUACUCCUCCUAAAGGCUCGCUUUCGCCAAAACCUGAGUUACAGCCCCCCUCCACCCACUCCCUCCCCUCCCAUCACCGCCAAUAAAAUAAUGCGCCCUUUUCACACUGCACUUACUGUAACCAUUAACAAGGGCUGACCUGACUGGAUCCCAGAAUGAGUUUAGCAUCAUGAUAUAUAAACAGAGGAGAGAGGAGGCAUAUCCUGCAACCUGUGGACCCUGAAGCUCCACGCUGAAGUAAGAGCAGCAAACCGCUCCCCACAUUAUGUCAGAGUUGUAUUCAAGCACAAAUGUUAAGGCUGACGAUAUUUUAUAUUGUUGUUGUUGUUGUUGUUGUUGUUGUUGUUGUCAGGAGAUCCUAUGAAAUAAAUAAAAGCCAACAGUGCGUUAGUCCAUCUCUCAACACUCCCUGACUACCUUGUAUCUGGCUCUCGAGCCAUUUUGCUCCUAUUGAAGACAUAAAUCAUUAAAAACAGAUCACAACUACGAA